AUGACCAGUGCACCAUGCGCACACAAAUCCACCAUUUCAUUCCGAUUCCCAUCGUCGUCUGGGAGUCUGUCCCCUCCUCCCAUCCUACCAUUGUUGCCCGAUCUGGCGUAUCAAAACCAACCAGGGCCCUCCAACCCCUACCUCGCCCUCCCGCCGCCUGAAGACAAGAUCCCCAACCUUGACGAGUUACCCUCUGAACAACCACCCUCGCCCCCACCUACCACGCCUGCUUCUACCAUGUCAGGACACCACCGCAUGACCCUCGCUGCCAACCCCCCCUACUUCAAUGGGGACAAAUCCAAAUAUAUGGGCUUUGUGGACUCGUGCACCACCUACAUCGGUGCCUAUUGGUCGGAAUUCUCGCAGGAUGAGACAAAAAUCCUCUUCAUCCUCUCGUACCUCCAUUAUAUCUCCAACUUUGAGAUGCUGGCUGCAGACGCAGGCUACAAUGUGGUCACCUCCACCGAUUCGAAGGGCGAGUACAGGAAGGGGGAUCAGGACAACAUCCUCAUUGAGUUCCUCGAGUGCAGGUUGAGCAGCAAGAUCGUAAGUCGCCUCUACAACACUGGUAUCCCUCUGCCCAAGGCGUAUAGUGCCUUCAAGGACUGGUGUGUCAACAUUGAGGCAAACGCUCUGCGCGAUCAGCUGCGCAAAGCAUCGCAUGGGCACUCCACACCACGACCACCUUCCCAGUUCCGUUCCCAGGCAGCACCAGCCGCGCCCACACCCGCUCCAACCUGA